GGGGAGUGUUCAUAUUCACAUUUCAUCAAAUGGAAACAGUGAAGAGAGUAUCAUUUAACUGGCACAGAAGACACUUUUACUCGUCGGUGUCACAUCACGAUCAUACUUACUACAAUGAGCGGGAGAGGGAAACCACGAAGCGUGCGCGCAAAGAGUCAUGAACCAGCGGAUGCCAAGAAUCCGGUUCGGGCCAAGAGUGCGCGGCAACCUCCAAAAGAACCAGUGAAAGACACUAAGAAAGAAACGCAACAGAUCAUUGAUGAAAACAAAUCCAAGAAAACCAAGGAGCAUAAGCAGCCUAAGCGCACCACUGAGGGAAAGCCACCUGUGCCACAUGAGAGCGUAGAAGUUAAAACCGGAUCAAGGAUGGUCAGAAAAGGUUACAACUUUGACUCAAAUCCGGAUAAAAUCCUGUUUACAACCCUUGACCAAUUGAAGAUUAAGAAGAAACAGAAAUCGGAAUCAGCAAGUAUUGUCAAUGACUUGGUAAAGCGUAUUAAGGACCACAUGAAAAAGUGUACGGAAUGCUUCAAAGAUGUAAAUGAUCUGCGCACUGGAAGUUACUACGAGAAUUUAAAGGUGGGUCAUUAAUUACAUUCAAUCAUACAUCACCAGUGUGACACAAUACUCUUUCAUGCUUCACUGAUUUUUCACGAUCUUUUGAUCAAUAUAGAUUUCUAAUCCCGACGAAUUUGACGUGAUGUUGACUGUGCCUGUCGAGCGGGUGGACAUUCGGCCGUUUGGGGAUGAUGGGGCGUUUUACAGCGUGGCAUUCAAACGAGGAAAACACUCUUUGGAUCGCUUUCUAGAUGAAGACAACACAAUAUCUGCCAGUGGAAUGCUUACCGAGUUCAGAAACGAGGUUAAAAAGUGUGUGAAGAUACUCAGAGGUGGGUACGGCUGCAGCGCGCGCUUCCCAAAUGCCUAUAAUGUAGAAUAUGUAUGCAAAACAUUUCUUAAUUGAAAUUGUCUUCUUUCCAUACUUCUAUCAAGGCGUGGGGUUGGAGAAGAAGAAGAAGGGUUGCCCGGCGGUGACCUUACUGAUAAACGGGACGGGAAUGGUCCCUAUCUCACUGGACAUUGUUCUGGGGCUUGAGGUCCGCUCGAGCUGGCCCACUUUCACCCAGGGAGGCAUAGACAAAAUAGACAUCUGGCUCGGGACCAAAGUGAAGAAAGAACAAAAGCUUAAGGGGUACUACCUCGUUCCGAAGUACGAGGGAAAGGGCACGGUGGAACGGGAAGGGGUCUGCGCUAGAGGUAACCAUUUUGUAACAAUUAGGUCAACACCAUUCAAGCUAACACAUCUUGAAUAAAACUAUCACUUUCAUUUGUGAUUUCUUCAUAAAUGGGAGGUGCAGAGCAUAGCCACUGGAAGUAGGGCACUGAGGAUGCUGCAGCACCCACUGAAAAAUCCCCCUCCCCCAAAAAGUAAUAAUAUAUUAAGACAACAUUUGUUGAAAUUGUUGAAAAAUAUAUUUUUCGCACAAAAUUAGGGCCUUUACUAGUCCUGUAUUAGAGGACAGAUAUAGCUGUCACAUUUUCCCCCAGCACUGAACCCCCCUCCUUCAGGGGCUAUUGCCUUUUUCUGAGUUUCCUAAAUGUCAUUUUCUUGUCCUGUUACCUACAGACAUAUGGCGCAUCUCAUUCUCGCACGUGGAGAAGAGUAUCCUAACAAAUCAUGGCUCCCAGAAGACCUGCUGCGAGGCCAACGGGACUCGCUGCUGCAGGUAAGCCUACUAUAGAAUGUAUGCUGCAAACAUGAAUACUGUAGUCAUAAUGCCCUGCCAAAAACGAGUCAAAUAUUGUCAGCCUACAUACAGUACAGGCAGUGCUUAAUUUGAGCCAGACCCUGCCAGAACAGGAUCCAGCACCAGUGUUGCCAGCUCCUCAGUAAGGAAAGUAGCUAUUGGCUGUCCUAAAGGUCGUCAGAAGUCGCUAAAUGACGUCAUCGCCUAAUUUGCAUAAUUGGCCAUGUGCAUAUAAUUGUGAUGGAGGCUGUAGGAGAGAGGAAUAACGUUGUGGGAGAGACAAAAAGUGAGUAAAAAACACCCUAAAUAUGUUUAGAACUACAAAUGAACUUUCUUCUGUUGAUUCUUGUUUUUUUUUAUGUCACAAUUCCAACCCUCCUCCUUUAUCCGGGCUUGGGACCGGCAAAAGUGACCCAAAAGAGACACUCUGGCGGAGUUACUUAGUUUAAAAAAUAUAUAUAUUUAGUUUAGUUUUCUUAAGUUUGGUUUGGUUUUUAACCUUAUGGUCCACUUAGUAGCCUACAACAAGUCACAGUAAAACAUGAACAUUUUUAACCAUAACAUUUAAAAAAAAUGUUGUAUACAAUCUACAUUAACAAUCUAAAUGGACCAAAAAGAGACAAUAGAAAAAACUGUCAAUGGCAAUGUGAGAAAAUGAUGGUAACUAGUCUGGCCCUAAUUCAGGUUAAUUGUUAUUUUUUUCCCAGAACCCCCUCCACAAACACACAGGCUGUGCUGGCUCACAGAAAGAGUGGGUCAUCAUCAUUUUGGUCAAGGCUCUCUAUUGCAGGUUCAGCAACUGAGGGAGCUGACUUAAAUGAGUAAGCAGCUGAUGUGCCAAAAAGCUGCAAAACAUUAUCAGGCAGCUGGUGCUCAUAGCAAGCCUCACCAGACAGCUUCAGUCCAUAUCGAAUGUACAGGAUGGAGUUAAGGGUCUGCAAAGACAUCCGAUUUCUAAGUUUGCUUUUUACCACACUCAUCUGGCUGAAUACUCUCUCAACUUCAGCAUUCGAGUGUGGCAAGGACAACACAGAAACAGCAGCCAUGGCAAGUUCUUGAAACGGGUUGAUAUCAGCUGCAUCCCUGAACUUCCAAAUCUCACUCCAGAAGCCCAGUGUGUUUUUUGUCUCAUUCCAUUCACUAAGAUGGAUGGCACGCCAUUGCUGGACAAUCUUGUCUAUCUCUGCAGGGGAGUAGCCAAGGAGCUUGGCUAUUUUUUCUAUUUCUCCAGGGCUCUUAUUGUGCUUUAGAGUUUCCUCCACAUUGAAAACUGACAUGUACUGCAAUGCUUCGAUGUUGUCCGGCAGUCUCACCCUCAACUCAUUAGUGAGGGAGAUGGUGAAGGCUACACACCGCAUUCGGACAUUGUUUUCAUCCUCAGGCGCAAGGUGGAGCUCAGCUGCAUUUGACUCAAAAAGGUAACCAAGGUACGGUUUGGGACUGAUGUAUCCAUCUAUUGGCCCUUUGAGUACAUCAACAUUUGCCAGUGGAUUCAACACCCUGCUGCUCACAGACUUGAUCAAGCUAACCAAGCUGUCAAGUAGCAUAAGAGGAUCUACUUGCUCUCCCUCAAAAGCCUUGAUGGCCAACUGUACCUCACCCAGCACUGACUUCAAAAAAGUCAGAUACAAUAUGUUUUGAGGAUCACUGUACAUGGAGUAUAAAACCUCAGCCAUGUAGCAGUGUUCACUGGACUUGGUGACUGCGAAAUGCAGCCUAAGCUCCUCCCACUGGUCCAAAAUGCGUGAAACCGCAGGUUCAAUGGAGAGCCAACGUGUGGCACACACCUUGGUUAUCUGUAAAGGUUUCUCCCCACAGUUGAUGGUCUCAAGUCUCUCGUACCAAGUACUCCACACUACGGGGGAUGGUGUCAUUGGAAGUAUGACUUACAGCAAGCUGCAGAGAGUGGCACACACAGCGAAUAAGAACCAGAUCUUUGAGGCCAUACUCCUCCUUCAGCACUUUAUGGACCCCAUUGUUAAUCCCCGUCAUAACAGAGGCAUUGUCAGUCCAUAUCCCCAGGAGUUUCUCUUUUUUAAGACAACACUUCUCGAGGAAAGCCACAACAGCAAAGGCUAUAGAUUUGGCAUCUCCUCCCUCCAACUCAACAAGCCCCAGAAAUGUUGAUACAAUUGUCUGCUUGGUGUCACUAAAGUACCUUAUCACAACCCCCAGGUACUUAGAAACACUUACAUCCGUGGACUCAUCGAGGAGGAGGCUGAAACGCUGGUCACCCACAUCUGCGACCAACUUUUUCAGAAAGUAUGGUGCUAGAACACCAUUCAUCAUUUCUGUGCACUUUGUCCUGUGCAUUUUGAAGUGGGUAGCAGCAGUGGAGUCUGAGAAAGCAGCUCUACAUGCUUCUCCAAUGUGAUCACAUGCCAGCAUGGAACAGUGUUCAGCGAUAGCUAAUGCCAUGGUGGCCUCAGCCUUUUUUGCAGAGUCCAUUUUUUUAACCAUAAAUGGCAGCUUGUUUUGGGUGGAACUGUUAUAAGGCUUUGCCUUUUGAGUAUGUUUUUGAGUUGUCAUGUGUUUUUUUACAUCACUAAGUUUGGCGUAGAAAUCAGCCUUACAAUACAGGCAGUAUGCCUGUGUAUCAUCUCCAAUAAACGGCUUCAACCAGCCUUUGAGUUCAGGGUUUGAUUCCCACUCCUUUCUGUAUUUUUGAGUGUACAGUUUAGACUGAGACAUGAUGAGCUAGCCAGCUAGAUGUUUAGCUGAUGUCACAGAGAGGCACACACACAGUGGACGAGGUGAGUAAGUGACUGAGGCUGUGUGAGUCAAAUGCAGUGAUUUAUUUUUGGAACCUAUUUGGCCUGAUCUGGUACCUCUCGUGGCAUGAAAAAUAAUUGUCACAUUUUGCAAUUUAAACAUUCUAAUAAACACGAUCAAAGUUAAUUUGAGUUGCCUCUUCGUUCAUUCUAGGGUUUCCUGGACCCUAGGCCACAAAACAUUUUUCCCAUGUGUGCAACUUCUGUAAGUGCCUCUACUCUACUGCUCUAUGCCACUACGGAAAUGUGAUGAUAUGCAUUCAAUGCUUUAUUAUAAAGGUGAUUUUUUUUUCUCAUGCGUUCCGGUACCUCAGAGCUCCCCAGGUCACCCCCCUCUCGUGCUCAUUUUUUUGUUCCGGCACCUCCCAAUUUACAAAUUAAGCACUGAGUACAGGGAAUCAUAUUAACGAGAAUAUAGUGUACUUUCCAUGACAUAGGCCUUCAACGGUACAUUUCUUAAAUCAUUAUUAACCAAUAUUUAUGCUGUGUUCAUAACCAAAUGGGAAGGUGGUAAUUUCCAGUUGUGAAGUAGUAAAUAUGAGUUAAGAUGCAUCCACGUGCUUUGAACUCAUUGAGAAACGCGAUUGGCUAAUGGCAAACAAGCUGUGUCAAGCAUAAACUAAAAGCAUUCUCGCAAACAAAUUAUAGUGCUCAAAAACCUAAUGGUUUGUUGUUGCAUUUAACUGCUGAAAAUGUUGUUAUUGAGGUCAUUUCCUAAGUGGAUAAUGUCAUAGUUCAGCAUGUGGGAGAAGUUCGAGCUCAGGGAUGAUAAAUGAGUUUCCCACUACUAGUAAUUACCAGUCUGAGGGGUGUUCAAGUGGAUUUUUCCCAGUUGUAUGCUUGUAUUUACAAAUGUACGCGAUUUUAUGAACGCAGCAUUAAACCCAUUUCCUUUCAUAAAUUGUGUAUUAUCAUGUGUGCCUGAGACUUGCCCAUUUUCUUGCUUCAGGAAGUACUGUCUGAAGCUUCUGAAGCACCUGUUGGGCUUGCUGAAGGCAGAGAACCCUAGUCUGUCCAAGUUCUGUUCCUACCAUGCCAAGACCACCCUGCUCCACGCCUGCUGCUCCAGGCCCAGGACAGCGACUGGGAGGCGGUCCGGCUGGGACCCUGCUUCCAGCAGCUGCUGGAGGACUUUGAAGGCCAUCUGAAACACAGCAUGCUCCCCAACUUCUUCAUCCCCACACACAACCUGCUGGGCUCCGGUCACGACCGCAAGAGCUGCCAGUUCCUGGCCCGGCGCAUCGAGGAAGAACGCAACAAUGGUUUCCCCAUCUUCCGCAAGUGA